CAUGCGCGCCAGUUCAAACGCGCUCUGAAUUCAAACUGAGCGGCGGGUGAAACACAGAGAGCAGCGCUGCUGAGAGAAACAAUCGCGGCAGAGCCAUGUCCAAAACACUGCAGGGAAUCACGCUGAAAGGCAGCGCCGAGCUCGUGGCGGAGUUUUUCUCGUUUGGGAUCAACAGUAUCCUGUACCAGAGAGGAAUUUAUCCUGCAGAGACUUUCUCCAGAGUCACACAGUAUGAUAUGAGUCUUCAGCUCACUACAGACCCCAAGCUAAAGACCUACCUUACCAACGUUGUGACACAGCUCAAAGAGUGGCUGUUUGAUUGCACAGUUCAGAAGCUGGUGGUGGUGAUCACAUGCCUUGAGACAAAUGAAGUCCUGGAGAGAUGGCAGUUUGACAUUGAAUGCGACAAGACUGCAAAGGAUAGCAGUGCUCCCAGAGAAAAGUCUAUAAAAGCCAUCCAGGAAGAAAUCCGUUCUGUCAUCAGACAAAUCACAGCCACUGUCACCUUCUUGCCUUUACUGGAAACUGCAUGUGCCUUUGACCUCCUGAUCUACACAGACAAAGAUCUGGAGGUUCCAGAGCAAUGGGAGGAAUCUGGGCCUCAACUUAUCGACCAAUCUGAGGAAGUGCGGCUCCGGUCUUUCACUACAUCGAUCCACAAAGUCAACAGUAUGGUGGCCUACAAAAGAACAAACUCUAUGUAACCAUAUUCCUUUCUCACUUUGUCUGUUUUUGUACAUAUUUGUGAUGUUUCUAUGUUCUCAAAUCCCCCCAUUUGCUGAGGUUUUAUAUUUCUGUACCCCCAGAAAAUGGAAAAUAAAUACCCUACUUUGACCCAGUUCAAA